CAUCCCAUUCUCUCUUUGAUCCCCCCACAGGCGACGUGAAUUAUCAACUCUUCUUCUUCUUUUGACGUACUGAAAAACGAGUUUGGAACUCGCUAAACUGAGUUUCUUAACUCGUUAUUCUCUUUCUCUUCGCAACAUCACCAUUUUACAAAAUCAAAUCUCAGCCAAAACCUUAAACUUUAUUAUCAAUUCUGAGGUGUUCUUUAGUAUUUAUUACACACAGAAAUUAAAGUACAGAUCUCAUUGAAGUUCAUUUAGUCGUCGUUGUUGUUGUUGUUUUAAGAUCUUGAUUUAAGAGAUAGAUCGCGUUGUUUUUUCAUGGCAGAUAAGUUUCGUUUUUUAGGAUUUCUUUUAUUUGUAUUUUUCUAUAUAGAUGUGUUUUUAGUAUUUGGCAAUGCGGAAAUGGGUAAAAAUUGUUCAAGGAAUACUUCUUAUUUGGGUUAUGAAUCAGAAUUUAUAAUGAUGCAACAUCAAUUAAGAGGUGUAUUUACGUUAAUUGAUGAUUGUUCAUUUAGGGUUACUGAAUUUGAUAUGAUUCAAGGUUCUGAUGAUGUUCAUUGGUGGGGUUCCGUAGGUGAUACUUUCGAGAAUCUAACUCUAGGGUUUCAAAUCAGUGAUGAUAAGUUGAAUAGAACUUAUAAAAAUGAUACUUUUAUUGUUCAUUUGAAGAAUAUUACAUGGGAUCACAUUAAAGUGGUUUCCAUUUGGGAUAAACCAACUGCUUCUGAUUUUGGUCAUGUUAUUCUUGAAAACCCUAGAAACUUCAGUUUCACUCCUAGUCCAAGUAUAGCACCAUCACCAUCUGAAUCUACUAACAAGACCAAUAGUAGUAGCAGCAGUAGUAGUGAUAACAGUAGUAGAAAUAAAAGCCGGAUUUAUGAGCAACCGACCAUGUUUGAUAACUGUAAAACCCUUUCAACAAAUUAUCGUCUCAGAUGGACUUUAAGUUCUGAAUUGAAUUUGAUAGAUAUUGGUCUUGAAGCUGCAAUUCAAUCACAAUAUUAUAUGGCGUUUGGUUGGGCUGAUCCUAACUCUUCCUCGGGAUUAAUGUACCAUGCCGAUGUUGCUGUAACGGGAUUAACGGAAGAAGGUAUGCCUUUCGCUGAUGAUUACUUCAUAACUAAGUAUAGUGAAUGUCUACUUAGUAAGGAUGGAUCAGUUCAGGGAGUUUGUCCAGAUACAAUCUAUGAGGGUUCUGAUCCAGUUGGGUUGGUGAACAACACUAAGUUGGUUUAUGGGCAUCGCAGGGAUGGUGUUUCGUUCAUUCGUUAUCAGCGGCCUCUGAAUUCUGUCGACAAGAAAUAUGAUCUACCUGUGAAUCACGCUGAUAACAUGACUGUGAUUUGGGCAUUAGGAUCCAUUAGGCCCCCAGACACUCUUCGCCCUUAUUAUUCCCCACAAAACCAUGGUGGUCCUCUACAAGUGGCGUACGGAAGUCUAGUCCUUAACGUAUCCGAGCAUGUGAAUGAUUGUGUAGGGCCAUUGGAUGCUGAAGACAAAGAAGAUCAAGAUCUUAUAUUUGCAGAUGGAAAAACACCUCUAGUUGUCACUGCAGGCCCGGCUAUGCAUUAUCCAAAUCCGCCAAAUCCCGCAAAAGUGCUGUAUAUUAAUAAGAAAGAGGCUCCUGUCUUGAGAGUGGAAAGAGGUGUUCCAGUAAAGUUUUCAAUACAAGCUGGGCAUGAUGUCGCUCUGUACAUUACUUCUGACCCUAUUGGUGGAAAUUCUACCAACAGAAACACGUCGGAGAUUAUAUAUGGUGGAGGUUCUGAUGCUGAAGGAGUUCCUGCAAGCCCGACUGAGUUGACUUGGUCGCCCGACCGGAAUACACCAGACCAAGUUUAUUAUCACUCAUUGUUUGAGCAGAAAAUGGGCUGGAAAGUACAGGUGGUUGAUGGUGGUCUCUCAGAUAUGUACAAUAACAGCGUUGUUCUGGAUGAUCAGCAAGUUACAUUGUUCUGGACAUUAUCGGAUAAGUCAAUAUCUAUGGCAGCUCGAGCAGAGAAAAAAAGUGGAUACCUUGCUAUAGCAUUCGGCAGUGGUAUGGUAAAUAGUUAUGCUUAUGUGGGUUGGGUCGAUGAUAGCGGGAAGGGCAAGGUCAACACAUACUGGAUUGACGGUAAGGAUGCAUUGAGUGUGCAUCCAACCAAGGAGAACUUGACAUACGUAAGAUGCAGAUUAGAGAAUGGUAUCAUCACUUUGGAGUUUACUCGUCUUAUGGAUCCUUCCUGCAGUGGAAGUGAGAGACCUGAAUGUAACAAUAUAAUUGAUCCGACUACACCUCUUAAAGUUGUUUGGGCCAUGGGUGCACGAUGGGUGGAGGACAGGCUGAGUGAGAGAAAUAUGCAUUCUGUUACUAGCAGUAGGCCUGUUAGGGUACUGCUCAUGCGUGGGUCAGCAGAAGCAGAGCAGGAUCUACGCCCGGUUUUAGCUGUUCAUGGUUUUAUGAUGUUUGUUGCUUGGGGCAUCCUUCUUCCAGGUGGAAUAUUAGCAGCAAGGUACUUAAAACAUGUGAAGGGCGAUGGAUGGUAUCAGAUUCAUGUCUACUUGCAGUAUUCAGGAUUGGCAAUUGUCCUACUCGGUGUUCUUUUUGCUGCGGCUGAGCUUCGAGGAUUUUUUAUCGACUCUGUUCAUGUUAAGUUUGGAAUUGCGGCAAUAUUUUUAGCUUGUGUGCAGCCAAUAAAUGCAACUUUACACCCGAAGAAGCCUGCUAAUGGAGAGGAGCCUUCAUCACAAAGGGUCCUUUGGGAGUAUGGUCAUAUUAUUGUGGGGAGAUCUGCCAUUGUAGCAGGAAUUGCGGCACUUAUUAGUGGGAUGAAGCAUCUAGGAGAAAGAUAUGGUGGUCAGAACGUUCAAGGACUUAACUUUGCUUUAAUCUUUUGGAUCUUGAUGGGUUUAUUAUUAGUUAUAUAUUUGGAGUACGGCGAAUCAAAGCGGAGAAGGGCAAGAAGUUUUGGAAGAAGUAAUUGGGUACUAGGGAACAUUGGGGAAGAUGAUUCUACGGAUCUUCUUCACUCGGACAGAACAUUUACUGAUGGGGAUAUUCAUCCAUCUGAAAGAAUGGAAGUUCAGUUAGAGCCUUUGACUAGAUAGAGAAUUUUAUUUUACACUUUUGUUCCUGCGAAUUGUUUAAUAUAGAUUCAUUUCUUAUCCGGGAAUGGGACAUUUUCCGACUUACAGAAGGAGUUCCCUUCUCUGUGUCUGCCACAAAAGGAUCCUCAUAGUGAUGAACCAGGGUUUAUUACUCUCCUUAUUCUUGGAAUGAACAGGUCUGUAGUGAGAGUAAUCACACCCUGCGAUGUGUAAUUUGUAUACUUAAUACAAUUUUUGGAGAAUAGCGGAGAGUUAAGUUGUUUUA